UAUUCUGCGCACGCGCGGAUGCCGGUCGGUCCCGACGCGUUGAGGCGUGCUCCGCGAACCGAAGUUGCAGUCUGUAAAGAGCAGCGACUGGUCGCUCCCGGAGCAGUCCGCCGCCAGUUCCCGUCCGCGGGAUGCUGCUGCUAUCAUUGGGCGGCCAGUGGGCGGCAGGGCUGAGGCCUGGCGGGAAGAGGAUGGCAUGGUGGGCGGCUGCCGCGCUCCGAAGGCCCAGUGUGGCGGUCUCGCGAGCGAUCUCCUGCAGCAGGCCCUUGGGGCCGGUCGUCGGCGAGAGCGCGGGGCUGCAAGGAGCCCACCCCCUUCUCCGGCGUCUUGGGCCAGUACAGAUACCUGUUUGUUGGGAUAGGUAUGUUCGUUACUUACAUACACAACCUGACAAAUCAGAAGCUGGAAGGCUGAUUUAUACUGGGAAUCUGGCUCGUGCAGUAUUUGGUGUGAAAUGUUUCUCUUAUUCUACAAGUAUGCUCAGCCUUGCAUUUCUACCAUACAUUUUAGCACAAAAUAAUAUUAUAUUUGGAAGUCUGCCUUUGCAAAUCUUAUUUUAUGGCAUCAUAGGAAGCUUUACAGUGAUCACUCCAGUGCUGCUUCACUUUGUUACAAAAGGCUAUGUUAUUCGGCUAUACCAUGAGGCCACAACGGACACUUACAAAGCCAUUACUUACAGCGUCGUGCUUUCAGAAAAGAGUACGGUAUUUCACCAGAAUGAUGUGAAGAUUCCAGACAUCUGGCAGAAUCAAGUCUCCAGUGAGCGGAAACUGAAGAACAAGCACAGGACCUCGAGGACCCGUGCCAGGGCCAUCAGCAGUUGCAGGAUCAACCAAAAUAAUGGAGAGACCCGAAACUUCCAGUUACAAAGUAUCCACAAGUUCCUGGACCUGGAUAUAGGAGGACUAUUUCACCAGGACUCCACCAGGACUCAGGGUUAA